AUUCCGGCUAGCUUGACAGUGGUGUGGAAAAGAUGGCUGCUUCGGCGGCAACGGCGAGUUCUUCCCCCCGUUUGUGUCCGAAUUACGCCGUCAUUUGCUCCUUCCUCGAGCGGUACGGAGCGUUGCUGGACUUACCGGAGCUCACUUUUCCUCAGCUGGAGAGAUAUCUGCAGGACACAUCCUCAGUCCCGAAGCUGCUGGUUGAUCUUCACGUCAAGCUGCUGAGGAAGAUCGGCAAGUCGGUGUCAGCAGACAGAUGGGAGAAGUAUCUAGUCAAGGUGUGUCAGGAGUUCAACACAACAUGGGCAUGGGAACUCGAAGAAAAAGGAUACAAGGAGAUGCCGUUGGAGUGCAAGACGGGGAUACUUAAAUAUUUGUGCGAGAGUCAGUUUGAUGAAAAUGUGAAGUUUAAAACCGCCAUCAAUGAGGAGGACCCAGAUAAGAUGCGUCUGCAGCCGAUUGGGCGAGACAAAGACGGGCAGAUGUACUGGUUUCAACUGGACCAAGACGACAACGUGCGUGUUUAUGUGGAGGAGCAGGACGACCUGGACGAGUCGACGUGGAAAUGCAUCGUCAGAGAUAGAAACGACUUGGCUGAGGUUGUGGCUCUGCUCAAGACACAAAUUGACCCUGCGCUGUUGAAAAAGGACGAAGAGCAAAAACAACAAGCCAAACCCGACAGUGAAGACGAUGAAGACAAAUCAGAAGGUGAAGUUAAAAAGACUGACGUAACAUCAGAUGAAGACAGCAAAGACUCCAACAAGGCUGCCCGCCCAGUCUCACCAAAGACGGAGAACAGUGAGAAAGUAACACAGAAAGAUAACUUGAAACCUGAAGCGUCUGAGGCCAAAUCGUCCCUGAAUGGCAUCGUCGAAGGCAGAGCUGAAGCGGAGCUCCAUUCAGAAAACGUCAGCGCAAAAGCCCAGAACAUCAAAGAAGAGCCAGUGGAGGUGUCGGACACUAAGACAAGCACAGCAACAAGUGAAGCCGCCCCUGAAACACCGUGUUUAUCAGUAAAGGCAGAAAAGGGAGAGGAGGCCAAGAGGAGCAGUGCGGAGGAGAUCCAGCAGGCUCUGAAGAACGACCAGCAGGCCAAAAUCCCUUUGAAAAAAAGAGGAAUGAAGUUUAGUGAAGACUUUGAAAAGAACAGUGCUAUCAUAGUACAAAUCCCAUCUGUUUCUCAGGUCAAGGACGCUCCUAAAGCGGACGCGACUCCUGAUCAGACAAAGAAAGCACAGAGCGUAAAUGAUCAUGUUAACGGUGAAAUUAAACCUGCGUCAGAGAAAGAUGUCCAGAGUCAAUUGAGCGAGUCACUAAAAGACGCCGCCGUCGACAAAGAGAAGGAGACCGAAGCAGCCGCAGGUAAAUCUGUAGAAGUGAGAGAAAACGACUCCCCGUCCACAGACAAGGAGGGCGCGAAAGAUAAGAAAGACGAAGCCUGCAGUGCACAGAAGAUCAAAGAGGCGGUCGCGUCACAACAAACGGACUCGGAUAAGAAAGAUCCAGCCUUGCAGGUAGAAAAGGAAAGCACCGCAGCAACGGAAAAGAAGGAAGCACACGAGUCGCCCCCGCCACCGAAAGCAGAGUCGCCACCUUUACCUAAAGAUGUAAAUAAUGCACUCGAGAAGUCUUCUAAUCAUGAAAAGUCUGAAGGAGUCAAAGAGAAACCAGCCAAUACAGAAGAGUCUUGUACUGUCGACGAGAAGACCGCAUUAAAGGAACCUGAUAAAACAUUAACAACGGAUGACUCAGACAACCUAAAUUUAAAUCAUGAAGUCACAUCCAAAGAGGCUGAAUCAAAAGAUGCAGGGGGAAAACCAGCCUGUGUAGACAUGGACACAUCAGAGUCCAGUCAGGCUGAAGAAACUAAGACGGCAGAGAGGACAGAGGCUGUAACAGACAUGAAGAAAACAGAAGUUAGUGAUGAAGCUGCUAAAGAAACGGAAACAUCUGAUACUAAUGUAGAAAAAUCUGAUGACUCGGCACCGAAAAAGAAGCCAGACGUCAUUAAAACAACAGAGGCGCAGCCUGCUGGCGAGGGUCCCCCAGAGAAAUCUGAUGACUCUGAAAACACUGUAUCGCCAUCUGUGAUUAAAAAGACUGAGUUGGUAAAAGACGGCGACGAUACAGAGACUCAAGAUGUCAGUCAAACGUCUACUGUCAUUAAAAAAGCCGACAGGCCGUCAGUCAGUGAGAAAUCAGAGGAAACAUCCGACGUCAAGGAGAGUGCGGCGUCUUCGGUUGUUGAAAAGGUAGAUAAAUCCGAAACGUGUAAACCUGCCGAGAAGCCCGAUAACAGAAAAGACACAGAGGUGACUCCAGAGAAAACAAGCGCAGCGUCAGAGAAACCUGAAAAGCCUGAAAAGAUGGAAAAGCCUGAAAAGAUGGAAAAGCCUGAAAAGAUGGAAAAGCCUGAAAAAACAGAAAAGCCUGAAAAAACAGAAAAGCCUGAAAAAACGGAAAAGCCUGAAAAGAUGGAAAAGCCUCAGGAUACAAAGAAAAGUGUCAACUGUGAAGACAGUACGAUACGUGAUGUUACCAAGAUAAGCGACUUAACGUCAGGGCCAGCAGAGGCAGAGGCCGUUAAACAGGAUCUGACAAAGCCACAAGAGGAUGACAAAACUGAGAUGAACUCUGUCGAACAUAAGACGACAGAGGAAGCAUCUGAAGGGAAAGAUAAAUCAUCCAGUCCAGCUGAGAAGACGAAAGCCUCCGAAGAAACUGGUAAAAAAUCUGAUAAAAAAGAGGAAAAGGUGUCUGACAAACAGCCCGAACAAAUCGAGGAAGAGCGUCCAUCAUCAGAAAGUAAAAAGGAUGCUGACAAGGGAGGUGAAAAAGAUAAAGACGAUGAGAAACUUGCAAAGGACAGUGAGAAACACCUGUGUCAAGUCAAAGAAAGUAAAGAGGAUUCUACGGUAGAUAAACCCUCAAAAACUGAUAGAGCAAAGAAAGAGAAACAUGCUCAUAGAGAGAGCGAAGCCUCGACCAAAAAGGAGAAAUCUGGCUCCCAAAACGCGAGCAAAGACGCUGACGCCGAACCCCCGGCAGAAACGGAAAAACCGGUCCGCCCCAGCAAAGAACCGUCUGCUGAUAAACCAUCUGACAAGGAAAGCAGAAGCAAAAGUGAAGAAGAGGAGUCUGCGACAAAAAAAGAGGUGGCAAACGGUGGCGGAGCUCUGACAGGCGCUCAGGUGGAGGGUGUUCGUCGGAGAGUCAAGCCCCCGGCCCACCGAAGGAAAGCUGAGCUUCAUAGAGAAGAGAGGCAGGCGGAUUCAGAGUCCGACACAAACACGGGGAGAUCUCUUCGGAGAUCGCCGAGGAUCUCUAGACCGACGCCGAAGGCCGUGGAGAUCCACGACAGGAAGAUGGAGAAAUCGCAGGCUGCUCCGGCGGCUGAGAAACGCGAGGACAACAAAGCAGAGAAGGAAAAAGACGAGGAGGACGAGGAAGAGGAGAGGAUGGUAAAGGUUGUUCAGAAGAAACCAAGAGAGAAAAAGGCGGAUCAGGAGGGUCAACCCAAACCUAAGGGGAGAAAGAGACGGAAGGUCCGGUGGUCCAACACUCGAACGCGCCGUAAAAAGAAAGGCUCUGAAGAUGAGGAAGACAACAGCGACGAGGAGUCCAGCGACGAGGUGGAGAGUGAGGAUGAGGACGACAGCGACGAAGACUACAAGGUCGAGCGGAGCAGAAAGAGGCGGAACCGGAACCGAGAAAGGCGGAGCUCGGACUCCUCGACAUCCUCAGACGACGACCUACCUCCCAACGACGACCCUUGCAAACAUUGUGGUCUUCCAAAUCACCCCGAGCUGAUCUUACUGUGUGACUCAUGUGACAGCGGCUACCACACAGCCUGUCUGAGGCCUCCACUCAUGAUCAUCCCCGACGGAGAGUGGUUCUGUCCACCGUGUCAACAUAAGCAGCUCUGCGACAAACUAGAAGAGCAGCUGCAAAACCUCGACGCUGCUUUGAAGAAGAAGGAACGGGCUGAGAGGAGGAAAGAGCGUCUUAUUUAUGUCGGAAUCAGUGUUGAAAACAUCAUCACGCCCUCGGUGGAGGUAGAGGAGGAAAAGCCAGAGAUCAUAAUCAAAGAGAAGAAAGAAACAAAACGAAGUAAGAGCUGGGGUCGAAGGUCAACGAGGGCGAAGAAAACCAUCAGCUACAGAUUUGAUGAAUUUGAUGAGGCGAUCGAGGAGGCGAUUGAAGAAGACAUCAAAGAAGCAGAGGGCGGAGGAGCAGGUCGGGGUAAAGACAUGGCCAACAUCACAGGCCACAGAGGGAAGGAUAUGUCCGCCAUCCUUCAAGCAGGGGAGGAGGGUAAGGAGAACGGCCGCCCGCCACGACCCAGCGCUGGUCAGCGCAAGAAGAAGCGCCGGCGACUCAAUGACCUGGACAGCGACAGCACGGUGGACGAGGAGGAGAGCGAGGAGGAGUUUCGCCUCAGUGAAAGCUCAGAAGAAGAGUUUGUAGUAUCGGAGAACGAAUCGGAGGGUGAAUCGGAGGCGGACUCCAACGACAGCGACUUCGGCAGUAACGGCAGCGGGAAGCAUCGUACAUCUUCGCGGAGCAAGAAGCCACCGAAGCGGCGACGAAGCUCCCGGAAACGGCGGAGACCAAGAGGGUACUCGGACGAUGAAGAAGAAGAGUCAGACGAGGAGGAUGAAGAAGAUGAAAUAGUGACUGAAGGCUCCAGUGAGUUCAGCGACAGUGAUCUUGACGUGAGUCGACGGCGGUCUCGGCGGAGUCAGAAGAAGAAGGUGAACUACUGUGAGACGUCGGAGUCUGACGGAUCUCAGGCAGAAACCAACCGGGCAAAAAUGAAACCCAGACGUCGCCAGGACAGCUCAGAAAGCGAGGCGAGUUUCUCUAGAGACUCUGACGAGGAGUCGAGGGAUCAGAGGGUGAAGAGGAGAGCCGACUCCUCAGAGGAAGACUCGCGGCAGCGACGCAGACGUCUUGCACUAAAACGCAGGAGAGCGUCCGAGGACGACGACUCGGACGACUCGUCGGACGACUCGUCGGAGGAGGAUCGUCCCAUUCGUAAGCGGGUGAACCGCAUCGACUCGGACGAUGACGACGAGGAAGAGGAGGAGAAACCAAAGGAGAAGAAAGCAGAGGAGGAGUCAAAGGGAACAAAUCCAUUGGACAGCAAUGUGGUGGAGGUGCCACCUACCAACGGACAGAGCCCAAUAAAGAGCCUGGAGGGCUUCAUCAGCCGGCCUGCUGCCCCUGCUGCUCCAGGCCUCAUCCCAAAUAUGGAGCCGCCCAAAAACAUCAGCGCCACACCAGCCGCCGCCAUUGCACCAAACGGUCUGGUUGGCCAGGAGAUGGCGACGCAGGAGGAUGACGAAGACGACCUGUUAGGAGUCACAGACCUAGUGGACUACGUCUGCAAUAAUGAACAAUUGUAAAAACAAAAUGGUGUACUGUUUCAUUUUUUGUGGUAUUGUAUUUUUAUAUUGCUUAACUUUAUUAUUCCCUCCCCCACCAACACUUCCUUGUCGUCCUUUUUACUUGUGUCAUCUGGAGCUUGAUUCUCAACAAUCUCCGGCACAGUAAGAACUGGAUCUGUCGCCAGUCGAAUGCUGUCACUGUGGGAUUGUACAAUAAUGAAUACGGGCACCAACUUAUCAAGUCUCAUUAGUUUGGUAAUAAUCAUUUUACCUGCGAACCACCCACAUCAUCCAGCUCCACUGCCAAACCAGCUCCUUCCUCUAGUAACGUGUCACUCAUCAUUUCUCCUGUCUCCUUUUUGUUUUUUAAUUUUUUUAUUGUCACGUUCAAGAUUUCUACAAGUUUUGCUCCGUUACCCAUCUACAUGUAGGGAAAAUUGGCACUGAAGUUGUUUAUUGUGUAGAAAAUAGUUGAAGAUGUGUUGUUUAUUUGAAUGACUUGGACUUAAUGUUUUAUGGGAGUAAAGCAAGGCAUUCCAUAACUGACAGAAAGUUCUGGGCAUCAAAAAUUAAUCUUGGUUUUACCUUUUUAUCCUGCAAAGAUUUCACAUUUUGAUAAAUAUUCUUAUUGGCUUUCUGGCUGUGUUGGAUGAGAAGAUUGAUACCGCUCUCAUGUCCGUCUGUUAAAUAUGAAGGUGCAGCCAGCAGCCGGUUAGCUUAGCUUAGCACAGUGACUGAUUUUACUUUUGAUUCGGUACAAGGGAGCACCUUUCUACUGGUGAGAGCAGCCACAGCAGGACCAGAGGGAGAACCAGUCUGCUUGUCUUGCCUGCUGCGGCUAUGACUUGCUAUGCUAACAGUAGCUAGUUGGUAAACUGAAGCUAGUUUUAAAGGCGGUAAACCCAAUAGCGCUGCACUGUGGCACAGUCGGUAGCAUUUUUAGGUGUGAAAAAGCAGCUUUGGACACAAUGUUACAAUGACAUAAUGUGCUAUUUUUUCACCUUUUAAUACAGGUGAUAAUCUGAGGUCUUCCCCAGGUAUCAUCCCUGAAGAGGCAAAAAAAACCAGCUUAUUUGGUAAGCUAAUUUAGCAGUUUCACUUUAAAUGCACAAUCAUUUUUACCAGCUGUUUGGUCUUUAACAAUAUCCUGUGGCUGGUGAGCACUGAGAUGUUUAAUCCUAAAUUUUUCAUGCUCUAGAAUAUAAUCCACUUUGUUUAAAAGAAAUACUAAAUUCUGUGGUUGUCAAUCAAAUUUUAGUGGGGUAAGUAAUUUCUGGUCGGCCAUUUUUAAAUUAAACCAACCAACCUCCAGCAUUUUGAAUCGAGUCCAACAGAGCUGCAGAAUUUAACACUGUUCAGUAUUUAAUACCGUUUUCUGUGAUAUUUUUGACAUUUAACAUUUGUAUAAUGAAAAUUUGAUAAUUCCCCCCCCCCCCCCCCCCCAGGUGAAAACAAAGUCACAUCUUGUCUUUUUCAUAUUUACAGUUUUGUACAGAUUUAACAUGUUAAUUAACAACACUACAUGUGUCGGUAGGUGACUGAAGCUUCUUAUUUAAGAGUGGUAUCAAUCUCCUCAUCUCACUCUCCUCCACAAAGCGACUUCCCUUAAUGUCAAACUUUUGUUUUAAACUGUUCUGGCUUGUUUUCCUUUUAAUUUGCGAAAAGCUUUGGAUGAGGCUAUUUAUUAAUCAUUUUCAGGGGGGCGGGUGAUCGGGUCCACUUGGAUCACAUAUAAGAUAAGCUAACCCUUCACACACCCCGGCUAGGAUAUUGGUGUGUGUGCUCUGGUUAUUGUAGAUGAAAAAAACACGUUAUUCCCAGUUCUCUACCCUGGAUACUGAAGUGUUAUGCAUAUAUAUAUAAAUAUAUAUAUAUAUAUAUAUUCAACCCCUUGCAUCAUGUGAAGGUGUGAAUGUAUAUAUGUGAUCAACCAGUUGACCAGCCUUUAUUUCUCAGCCCUCCCCUUGGACUUUUUUGUUGAGUGAUAGAGUAGCUUUUGUAUAUUGUAAACAUAUAUAAUUAUUUUAACUCUGUGCGCUGCCAUCAGUAUCAGUGGUGAGCUCCCAGUUUGUUUGGGGAAACAGAAUCAGAAGUAAAACUAUCUUGUCCUUCCUAAUCUUGAGAUCUAGUCUAGUUUCCCCGCAUUACAUCUAUGUUAACUUUUGUGAUUUUUUUUUAUUUUUUUUUUUUUUAAAAUGAUGUAUUUUUUGUAUAUCUUAACAUUUAUUUGUUGUUGUCUCUGUCUGAAAUGUAAAGUGUCUUAUUUUCUUUGUACAUUAUCCUUCAUAGAAGGUUCAAAAACCUGCAGACCCCUGGCUUUUAUUAACUAAAAUAACACUCAGCUCCACAACAACACUUUUUUUCUUUUCAUUUUUGUUUUUUAUUCUAUUCCCCCGGAUCUUCCUAUGUACAAAAUCUAUGUUUCUAUUCAAACCCUCUUUUUUUCAUAAUCUUGAGUUGACGUUUGGGUCCUUUAAGACCUCAGCCCAGAUCAAGAUUGUGAAAAAUAAAACACCUUGACAUGAAAUGAUUAGUUUUGAAGCGUCAGGAUGCGGUUUUUGGACGGAGGGAAAUGGACAGAAAAAGAAAAAACAAACCAAUGACUUCACUGACCUCUGCUGGAACCAGUCUGUGUGUAUAUCUGUAGUUUUUGCUGUAAUAUAUUUAGAGGCAUUUUUUUAAUCAUGGAAAAAUAUAUUGGGCAAUUCUUUGGGAUUGCAUGAGUUUCUAAUAGUUUUCUUUUGUAGGGAACUAAUAUUGGCACAAAUGGAACAUUUUUUGUAACAAAACCAGAAAACUUUGGCAUGUUUUAAGGAUGUCUGUUAUCUCCUGACCUGUUGCAUUAGUGCUGAAGGACUCGUGAAGUAGAUGCUGCAGGAUAUCUUGUCGUUUGCAGUGAAACUGCAUUGGUAAGCAUGCGCUGACCUACUAAAGGCAUGUUACAGAAAAACUUGGGGAGAUGGGGACUUAUCGUAGAAAAUAAUCUAGGACAGCUGAAUCUGAUUAAAGAGAGAACAUGUAAAAUAUUUUGUAAAUUAGUCUCAGCAUGGUCUUCACAGAGGAUAAACCACUCUAUUUAUCAUACCGUUUUGAUACCGGCUAUGGCCAAAACAUGACUUUCAAGACAAAACCUAUAUGUGCUGCUUGCAGUGCACACAACAUAGGCUUCUAUACACAUUAUUUAGCUUUUAGAUUAGUCGGACAGAGUAUAGCAAACCCAAUUCUACUAAUAGAAGUGUGUGUUCUGGUUGUUUGAGUCAGAGUACAGGAAUGUGGAUGUCUGUGCUGUUAAGUAAACCCCAUUUUAUACUCUCCACAGAGAUAAGGAGAAUGUAUUAAUAUGUAUCUCACGGUUAUGAAAUAACCAGUAGCAAGACCUGCACAGGAACGGAGGAGAGAGGAGCGACAAAAAGGCCGCGAUGGGGGUUAAGAGAGGAUUUAAGUCGGUGCCAAUAACUGAAGUGUUAACAGAGUUUCCUAUUUACCUCAUGAUGAAUCUGGGAGGAAAGACACCCUGUCCACUGUGUAUAGACCCUAGUAGACUGGUUGUUGGUGUUUUGUCUGCUCCUUACAUUUUUGUUAACUUUACUGUUAUUUCUUAUGAAUCUGAUCUUGUACAUUUGUCAUAAUAAAAUGGGUUUUAAUCCUCA